AUGGCCAGCCCGUGGCAGAUUCGGGUGGCACAGGCGGAGCUGUGCGCUCCACCGGCCGGUGCAGGAUGCUGUGGACCUCGGGGGAGUCAGGGGACAGUGGGUGGCAAAUGGCUUCACAAUGAAGAUGACCCCCCAGAGCCUUCAGCAGCUGAGCAGCCUUCCACGUCUGCAGAGACCACGCAGGCUCCCCAGGCAGCAGCUUCACCCGAAGCAGACACUUCCCCUCCACCUUACUGUAGCAUAGCUGUGGAAGCUGCUGCAGCCUCAGAAACACACAAUGAAUUUUAUCCUGUACCACCUCCAUACAGUGUAGCUACCUCUCUUCCUACUUACGAUGAAGCAGAGAAGGCCAAAGCUGCAGCCAUGGCAGCUGCUGCAGCAGAAGUUGCCCAGCGAGAAGAAGAGUAUCCACCACGGGAUGAUUUCAGUGAUGCAGAUCAGCUUAGAGUGGGCAAUGAUGGCAUCUUCAUGUUGGCAUUUUUCA